CCAUGGCUUGUCGCAGGGAACCACUUACACCAAGGUCUUCGUCGGCGGCCUGGCCUGGGAAACUCAAAGCGACACCAUGCGCCGUUACUUUGACCAGUUCGGGGACAUUCUUGAGGCGGUAGUCAUCACCGAUAAGAACACCGGCCGAUCCAAGGGCUACGGUUUUGUGACCUUCCGGGAUCCAGAGUCUGCUAGGAGGGCCUGUGCCGAUCCCACCCCAGUCAUUGAUGGCAGACGAGCAAACUGCAAUUUGGCAUCGCUUGGGAGGCCACGGCAGCCAAUGUCUUACGGGCGCUUGAGACCAGCUACCCCAUAUGUUGCCAAUGUGCAAGCUGGAAGGGGAGCUUAUGUUGGAGGUGUUGGCUACCAGCAGCAGCUUCCUUAUAACUACCAGCAAGGAUUGGUAUAUCAUCCAUAUGGGAAAUUCAAAAACGUAGUUCCAGUGGAUAUGUGCGUCAGCUCAAUGUUUAUUUAACAGCUAUGCAGCCUAUGGGCCUGAAUAUGUUUACCCACAGGGUGUCUACAACCCUUAUUCUGGCCAACAGUACCUUCAGAUAUACGGAGUACCCGGGGCGGUCAACACAACUGUUUAUCCCUAUGGACAGGUAGGUCAAACAGUUUAUGGUGGUCACUCAUAUCCCGCAAUGCAGGGAUAUGCCAUGCCAGGCCAUCAGCUGGUGCAGUUUGGUGCUCCCAGCGUUAGUGGUAUGACGACUUCAGCUAUGCCCUCAAUUCAAGCACCAUAUCCAGCAGGCAGACCUAUUUGGCUACGUUGAAAUGGUUAUUCAGGGAUAGCAACACAUGUUCCUGCACAACCACAGUUUAUGGUUCCUUCUCCUUCUCAGUAUAUGCAAGGCAGCGGUUCUGACCAAACAGCUGGGUGAGGAGUUGAUCCAGGUAUUCCUUAAGACUGCAGCAGGACUAAGAGCAGCGGAACUGCUACUUGAGUGGCGGGCUUCGAAUCUAUAGCCUUGCAAGCCAUUUUACUUUGCAUUCUAGAGGUCAUACAUAGUCAUGCUCACCAUAGAUGUUCACAGCCAUCAUCGUGUGUCCCGAGUCGCUCCAUGUGGUGGAGAAGGAAGGAAUGUGGGAGGAAAGGGGGAAUUUGGGAACAGAGAAAUCAGUCCUUGUUUCCUAAUGCCCUCCAGUCAUGCUGCUGCUGCUUACAGAGCUCAGGGAGAGUCUCCUGUUGGCAGUAGUAGUGUACAUGUGGCCGGGAUGCCAGAAGCCAUGGGAGGUUGAUCUGGCAACUGUAUUAUAUAUAUUUCCAUAUAGGUGUAAAAAAGCAAAGGAAGAUGGAUGGAGACAAACUUGUAGGAAGGUACAAAGGUGUCGACAAGGGUUAGAAUCAACAUAUGAUUCUUUUUAGGGUUCUUAGCUGGUCUUUUCUUUCUUUCUUUCUUCACCAAUCCAAAACCCCCAGCAUUGGAUUUGGAGUGUAUAAUAGUCACAGAAGUAGAGGAGCUUAGACACGAUGGGGUGGUGGACCCACCCCUCUCUGCAUCAUCGUCAUCAUCAUCAUGUGUCAUAUUUGUCGUUAGUUAAGACAACAGGACAGGAAACAGCAUCAUGGAAGCAGUUUUUCAUUUUCUGUAGGGAAUUACCAGUUGUUUAAAACAACUUCUGUCCUUUAUUUCCCGUGUUGCUUUUGUUCCUGUUCAGUGAUGCUGUACAAGUCUUCCUUGUAAUUCUCAUGGGAGUUGUUGUAAUUAUGGGAAGCUCUCUUUCAGCCUCCGACCUCAAAGCAUGAGGGAGGAGGUUUUUCUUCUUCUUUACCAUCUUCAUUCAUUAUUUUUUUGUUUUGCUUUGGAAGUUCGAGAAAAGACAGAAGACAUGAUUGGCAAAAGUAUUAUAGUUGGAGUAGAAACAGGUUCAUUGAACUCUUUUCUUUUGGGUGGGAAAACUGGUCAAGUGAAUAGACUAAAGGAAGGAAUAUGUAUCGAGUGUGUAUGGCUGUCUGUUUCAUUGAUUGGGACGGUACACAUGAUGAUGUUUUCUGGUCUAGCAUCUCGUCGAAAAGUGGU